GGGGUGCGGUGAAGCCAUAUCCAGAUUGUAAACACGGGCCCGCUGUUACAAUUUUCCUUCAGUUGUACAGUAUAUCGCCGUGCGUAAGUUGGGGGUUCCCAUAUGCAGUGUCAACAGAGGCGGACAUUUCCAGGUACUGUUGCAACUGGAUCAAGAUUUAUAGAAGAGUUUCAGUGGAGGAGAAUCAGUGUUAGUCAAGCUACCGCAGCGACAGGACAGAAGGAUGCGUUACUUGGUGAUCAUAAUAGCCUUGUUAGGGGUAAGCUGGUGUCAGGCUGGCCCCCUUACUCCUACACAACCCCUCCACUCCCGUAGAGAAGCUCCAGCCGUCAGGUUUGGUGACUUUAUUCAAGAGUUCGCGUUGGACUUGUCUUCGGAGAUCAGGGAUCCAGGAACUGUGACGUUCUCGCCCCUCAGUAUAAGUUCCCUCCUUUCCGUACUGCUGCUGGGAUCCUCAGGUGUCCCUUACCACCAGCUGUAUAAUGCCCUACAUCUUCCUGUCGGUGUUACCGAAGCCAAGAUUCACAGCACCUUUAAGGAACUCAUUGAUUCCGUAACACACGCUAGACAAGGUGUUACUCUCAAUGUCGCCAAUGGUCUCUUCCUUCAGAGUGGAGUUGGUAUUUUGUCUGACUUCACCAACAGUGCCAAUAAGAGUUAUGGUGCCAGUGUGCGCAUAGUAGACUUCAACACGAAACCCGCCGAAGCGACUAACGUCAUCAACGAUUGGGUGAAGGAUGGCACUAAUGGUCUAAUCCCCCAACUCUUGGCAGACCCACUCAGCACGGAGACGAUAUUCGUGGCAGCCAACACGGUGUUCUUCAAGGGUGAUUGGAAGAAUCCCUUCGACCCUGAGUUCACAAGGCUCGCGCCUUUCCAUACUGGAAAAGAGACCAUUGAAGUGCCAAUGAUGCGAUCCGUUAUGACUGUACCUUACGUAGAUAUCCCCGACUUGGAUGCUCACAUGAUUGCGCUGCCCUACGAAGGUGAUCAAUUUGCCAUGUUUAUUUUGAUGUCACAAGGCCCCGCUUCUGAUAAACUGGAGGAUAUCGAGUUCAUGCUCGACGCAAGCAUCAUCAACGGGUAUAUCAACAGCAUGACCAACUCCGUUGUCAACGUGUGGCUGCCCAGAAUGCGCCUCAGCUACAAGACCAGCCUUAAGCCCACCCUCCAAGCACUUCUAGUAAAGGCCAUCUUCGAUCCUCGCCAGGCCGAUUUCGCCAGGAUGAUAGCAAACGGGCAUGUGUGGGUGGAUGACGUAAUCCACGAGACAAUUGUAGAGAUCACGGAGAUUGGUACUAAGGCAGCUGCUGCCACCGGCACUUCCCUCAACCGGAUGGGAAGUUCCAGGAGCUUCGUGGUUGAUCGACCAGCCAUCUUCUUUAUACGGGACCUGAAGUCGGGUCUCCCGCUCUUCUGGGGCAGAUUAGUGAGACCUGAGGUUUUAAGUCAGGCAGCUGGGUGAGUCUCACACUUCUUGAAUAUGUAAUUCAGUCAUUUUAGGAAUGGUAGAAAUUCCAUGUAACAUUAAUAUCACCAUUGGCACUGCCCUGUAUCCUAGAGGCCAGUUAUUACUCCGAUGCACACGCGCCUUCCUUCACGUCUUGACCAAGUUAUCACACUACACUUCAUACCCGAGUCAAGGUCUUACUGUUCUUUUUAGAAGGCAAUGUAGUUAAAAACAUCUUGCUGAUGGUAAGGGAAGUUGAACUUCCUAAUUAUAAUAAGAAGUGUUCAAUGCCUACAUUUACAAAUUACUUUAGGGAGAGUUAUAUAUGUAUAUGCUGUUUAUUUAAUAUAUUUAAUUAUUUUA